AUGUUCUCCACCCUGCUUAUGGAUGCCUAUCGUGUGGCAUGGACUGAAAGGCAGGUCAGCUUCCAAACCGACGACAGGCACAAGUUCAGAUCAGAUCAGAUUUAUUAAGGGAAAGGUAGGCGAGCGUCUUUGAACUCCCUUUUGGUAACAAUACCGUCAUAAAAAAACAAUGUGUAAGGCAAAUGUUGAAGAAAACUAGGUAAGUAAUUACGUACAGUAAGCAUUGCUUACUGGUAUGCAUUUUUCUGUGAAUGUCUUCUUUGUCAAAAUUGUACAAUAACCAGAACGGUACUGAAUGGACCAAGUAAUGAGGAAGCAAGCGCAUAUGUUGCGGUCAGGAGAUAGCGAAAAAGGCAAAACGUAAUGUUACUAAAAUAUAGAGAGUAACAUGCUUUAUAACGUAAAACCUUGGGUGGCGCGGGUGGUACAGGGGGGAAAUAUGUUAAUUUCUGAUGCUGUGGAGGUACAUAUCCCUCUAAUGGUCAAGCUUUCUCUUAAACGAGUCUACGGAUAAGGACAUGACGAAGUCAACAGGCAGGGCAUUCCAUGCCUUUACCACUCUGGCUGAAGAAGGACUUCCCUGCGUCCAGUCUCGCCCCGGUCACGCGUAGUUUCAGAUGGUGUCCUCUCAAGCUUGUAGUGGUGGCCAGCUGAAAGAAGUCACGGGAUGCGAGGCAGCAAUCCUGACUGUAGCAUUCGAAACGUUUGAAUUAAGUCGCCACGUAGUUGUCUGUAGUCCAGGGGAAAACGCUUAAGAUUUGACUGUCUAGUUUCGUAAGGUAGGUUUUUAUGACCUCUGACAAGCUCGGUUGCCUGUUGUUAAACUUUAUCGGGGGUGGUACGGUCUUUGACAGUCCAGGCUCUCCAGGCCUGAAUGACAAAUUCUAACUGUGGGCGCACAAACAUCCCGACGACCUUGCGAAAGCACUCUUCGUCAAACGUGGCAAAUGCCCGCUUGAUAAGAUAUAAGCUUAAGGAAGGAGACACGAUCGUCGGGACAAGAGCUUUAUUAGCCUGACAUUUCGGAUUCCUACUCGAAUCCAUCAUCAGAGACAAAAAGCAGAAACGGGUGGUUGUUGCACAAGGGACUGCGGUAUUCAAAGGAUGCAGUCGCCAUGCUACUGAAUACCUAUGAGCAUUCACGGCUCCCCCCUUCAUCCGGAAUUGUCGCACUUGGUGUGAUCAUUGCUUGAUGGCCGACAUUCGAGUCGAUAAUUGCUGCAAUUUCAUCACGUGCGUUGGAUGUUGGCGUGAUGAUUGCUCGACCAUCUGACACACAGACCCCGGUGUUGGGAAAAGUGUUCACCUCUGCGCUCCCCGCAUGGCUUGUUACUCCGCCUAGGCGAAGUAGCAAGCCAUGCGGGGAGCGCAGAGGUGAACACUUUUCCCAACACUGGGGUCUUUGUGUCAGAUGGUCGUGCAGUAAUCACGCCAACAUCCAACGCACGUGAUGAAAUUGCAGCAAUAAUCGACUCGAAUGUCGGCCAUCAAGCAAUGAUCACACCAAGUGUGACGGUUCCGGAUGAAGGGGGGAGCCGUGAAUGCUCAUAGGUAUGCGGUAGCAUGGCGACGGCAUCCUUUAAAUACCGCAGUCCCUUGUGCAACAACCACCCAUUUCUGCUUUUUUGUCUCUGAAGAUGAAUUCGAGAAGGAAUCCUAAACGUCAGGCUAAUAAAGCUCUUGUCCCGGCGAUCGUGUCACCUUCUUCACGGCAUGCAAGUUGUUAAUUGCCGAAAUGUCAUCACCCGUGUUGGAUGCUGGCGUGAUGAUUGCUCCGCCAUCUGGCUCACCGGCUAGCGUGCUCCACGAGUGGUCAAUUACCUUGGCCAGCCUAUGCCUCAGCAUGGAAUAUGGAGUGGGGAUGUCGUUGCGCUUGUUGGUAGACUGAGGUCCCGCUAACCAUGACUCAAGCAACUCGCGGCUAACACGAUUAUCCCCUCUCCCGAGAAUUUCAGCCUCAUCGAACUUGAAUGUGUGGCCGGGUCUCAUCGAAUGGGCCGCGACCUGAGACUUGGCGUCAUUUUUCCCUACCGGUGCCGCGCGAUCGGAGCAGUCUUCCAGUUUCUCCGACGUAGUUGCUUUGUCCGCAACUUCACCAGAUCCGGUAAACGAAUCCAGAUGUUUUUUGCCGUGGCGGUGUGUCUUUUGGUCUCAUCACCCGACGCCUCAUGGUGGCCUCCGGUCUGUGUUAAACUCCAACCCCAGUCAGCCAACUGCCAGCUGUUCAUCUUUCCUGUAACGAAAAUUAUACAAUUAUGUGUGCUGUUAAGAAAAGGUCACAUACGUCUUAUUGAAUUUCGCAGUAGAUGUGGAUCAUACCAUAUAUUUUCAAUGUUAAAAAUGAGAAACAUUUUAAAGGCGAAACAUAUCUUUUCCUUAAGCAGACGAUUGGAAGAAGACGCCGUUUCCUACUAAUUAAGCAUAGUACAAAUAAUACGUUUUUGCAUGUAUUCUACAACAUAUAAGUAAAUAAAGAAGGACAUCGAAAAUCAGUACAAAAAUUCAAACUAGCGGCGGGAAAGGUGCUCUUUCGAAAGCCGGUAUGCUGACGUGAGUGAAACAGCCCACUCUUAUGUUGUGUGAUAGUCAGUUAUGCGACCAUAAUAAGCAAUCCUUUCUAGACAAAGACACAUUUCCGAAUAUCGUUUAACCUUUCAUGAGAUAGCUGCGAAGCAGAUGACCUCUUUUUCCUCACUCGUUUGAUGCAUAACCACCGUUUUCUCCGUGUUAUGAACAGGCCGAAGUUGUCGCAGACGAAGUAGGUAUCACCAGAACGUCAAUCAAACACACACACACACAGAACGUCGGUCCCAAUCCCAACUGUGUGCAAGCGUCAUGUAGGCUGCAUUAAGACGGGGUUGUUACAGCAUGACUCUCUGUCCCAAGUGGACCGAGGUAUCCCCCAGAUGGCAGUCUUCCAAGUCACAGCUAUUAGCACAUUGUUAUUGUUUGGAAACACGUCAGAUUGGUUGCAAAUGAGACGUAUGUGCCGACUGCCGGCCUAAUCUGGACGCAUUACGGAAUAACACGUGGAAUGUUUGACUAAAAUGAAGGCUACUGUGCCGUAUGACUGGUUCAGCUUUGAGGCCUAUUUCAUGAUAUCUGUUGACGCGCGAUUUAACGAUGAAAAUGUUUAUGUGGAUACAUUCCAUGAAGACGAUAUUAGUAGCAGCUAUACUGUCCUUAAAACUACAAGGACAGGCUGCACGCAUGCUCGGAUCGCGCAUACAUGAGCAUGAGCUGGCUGUGCAACCGGUUAAUGAGUUAUCACUGGUGGCUUUCCACACCCUCAAAAUGGGUCACGAGUUCAAUAGUUUGUCCAAAGACUCUACUCAAGUAAUGCUUUCUAGACAAUGACAAUUUCGAUUAAUCUCAUUGUGAGAUAAUUGUGAAGCAGUUGGCUUCUCUUUCCAUGCUCUUCUUCGUUUACUGGCGUCCUAUCAGGCGUUUUAACUGGCGAGGAUGGAGUAAGAAAAUUGUAGCCGGUGGACCGUGUCUUACGGGAAUGGUGGUAAUACGGACGAGGCCUUAUAGCGGGCAGUUGGUUGGUGGGGGAGGUGACAAUUUUAAAAAAGUCAAAAAACUGCAGUAAAGUCGUCUAUUCGGUACAAUAAAAAACGGAAAUAAAACGCAAAAAUUAAGAAACGUUUUAAAUAGUUUUAAUUAAAAAAUUGAGAAAACUGAAUAAAAAGCCGCUGGUUAAUUUACAUUCGUAGCCAAUAGGGAGAAAAGGCUGUGACCUUGCAGUCGGCAAACAAGUCCGAAUGAUGAAAUUGUGGGGUUGAAUAUUGACAUGCGCGAUAAUCAUUCGAGGUAAUAAAAACACUGUGACGGCGCACUUGUCUACAAAUAUGAACGCGUGUCACACUCUACACGGUCAUUUACUCCACAGGACGUGCAGAUAACAUUACCAAGAGUGCUGAAUUAAGGGGAAAUUUCGCAACCCUGACACCCAGCAGGGAGCAUUCAGUGUGCUUUCAAUGAUAAUGGGUCAAGACUUUGAAAUCCCUACUUUUUAUUUAUCAGCGUUUUAUUUAUCCCCAUGCGUGAGCUCCAAAUAAAUUGUCCGUAUAAACAUAGUAUUAGCAUAAUUUAAGUAGCAUUAUUUUUAAUACUAAUCUCUGUGGACGUUGUUGCCUUCACAAGAUGGCAGAGGAUGGAGUUGUCAUUUGUGGUUUGUUGUAUGUCGCCACUCAGCCUCUGCAAAGCCAGAAAUGGCCAUUCCAGUCUCCCUUGUCUUUGUUGGUCAUACUACUGUGCUUCACUGUGAGUCAUCUGUUACACUGACCUAUCUGUCUUCUACUCGACUUAUCCUUCCUCGCAUGGCUUCUUACUCCGCCUAGGCGAAGUUUCAGCACGGAGUAUGGAAUGGGAAGCUCGUGCUAAAACUUCGCCUAGGCGGAGUAGCAAGCCAUGCGGGGAGCGCAGAGGUGAACACUUUUCCCAACACCGGGGUCGGUGUGUCAGAUGGUCGAGCAAUCAUCACGCCAACAUCCAACGCACGUGAUGAAAUUGCAGCAAUAAUCGACUCGAAUGUCGGCCAUCAAGCAAUGAUCACACCAAGUGCGACAAUUCCGGAUGAAGGGGGGAGCCGUGAAUGCUCAUAGGUAUUCGGUAGCAUGGCGACUGCAUCCUUUGAAUACCGCAGUCCCUUGUGCAACAACCACCCGUUUCUGCUUUUUUGUCUCUGAUGAUGGAUUCGAGUAGGAAUCCGAAAUGUCCGGCUAAUAAAGCUCUUGUCCCGGCGAUCGUGUCUUCUUCUUUGAGUCUUAUUAUUAGUUGCUAGCUUCUCCUCGGUGUCAUUGCGGGGGACGAUGAUCGUCUGUUUUCUGCUCUUCUGCGGCGGAUUAAUAUCAUGCCUUGUCAUAUACUCCGCAAUUUCUUCUGGGGCUUCCGUCCAUGCGGUAGUCUUUUCUAUGUCGAAUCCUUUUACCUUCUUCUCUGGUGAUCGGACAGCUUCUACUCUGCCAGUGAGCUGGUCAUUGUUCUUCAGCUGGGUAGUUAUCGAUGAUGUGUGUGCACCGCCAUUAUCACUUCCCAACUUAAUUUGCGAUUUUGGAUUGUCCUUUACCACCGCUCGUGGUGAGGGUGGUGCUGUAUGUUCAUGUUUUCGUUUACCUCUUCUUUCAGCACUUUUUUAUUUCUACAGUCAGCGAUUUCCUGAAACGGCAAUCCUUCUAUUAGUGGGUUGCUGUUCGUCAACUCUGUCAGUCUUGAAACUAUCUGUUGGCUGCUGCUGAAUUCAGCAAUUGACCUGAACUUAUCAUACUUUAGUAACAAGGCAAUGAGGUCUAUGGGGAAGUUCAUGUUCGUCUCCAACGAUAUAAUGCUUAACGCGAGAUCUCGGCAAUAGUUACACCGCGCACAACAGUUUGAAGGUUCGGCAUCUGGUAGAAAAUCCUGUGUAGUCGUAGCGGAUUUCCCGACAUAAUUUGCGUCGCGGGCCAUAUCCGUCCUGUUUUGAGCCACUUCUGGCGUACUGCAUUCGUUAGAUCCUCCCUGCCCGAUGUGACUCGACGCUGGUCGACAUGGAGUUGCCAGUGUACUAUGUUCAUGGCCAAGUCCGGCGUAUCCUCGAAUUAUGGGGUUAAUGCAAUAAAUAUUCUUUAGGCUGUAGCGGCUAAGCGGUGAUAGUGUACGCUCAGUACGUCACAACUUCGGGCCAUAUGCCAAGUUGUUAGAUGCAAGACGCCAUUUAGUUAGGACACUUUAUUCUAUACAGAAUAGUGAAGGGAAAAUUUGGCAACCGGACGAGGAUGCGUCCAGCGCCGCGGAGGCGGCGUCCGCUAGAGCGACGAGCCCUCUGUCGCCGAAGGUCGCCGCUGCAAAAGUGUCGUUGCAGAUUGUUUACUCUAUUGUUCUGGACUGUUCCCGCCUGUCUUAACAAUCAGCGAUAGGAGUUGCGUUGAUUGGCUCCGAGCCCACGCGAAGGUAGUGACAAGCCUCGCGUGGUGCAGGCAGUGAAUUGCAACGAGACAAAUCGAAACCGGGCAGACGUGCGUGCCAUAGCAUGCUGUCGCUAGGACGAAGGUGCAGGCGCUAGCGAGAGGCACGACGUAGCCAUUAUGGCUGUCCACUACAAGGCGCUCACCUCCUGAGGCGAGGGUUGGGGGAUCGACUCCCGCCCUCCACCGCCUUUUUUUAUCCCGAGGGACUGAAGGAUCGUACACUUCUACAUUUCCCAUGCCUUUAUGCGCCAAAGUCAAGGAUGCAACAAAGGCCAAAAGGUUGGCAGCCGGAGAGAGUCACAAUCAAAAGAAGGUAUAAGGGCUUCAGAUGUCUGGGAAACUUUAGACAACGGAAAUCUAAGCGAAUACUUCGAGACUUCAGACAACAGAAACCCAGUCGAAUUCAACGGUACUUCAGUUAAUAGAAAUUUAAGCUAAUGCUUUGAAAUAAGGGUAAAGCUAAUGCCUAAGUUUCGAAAUGAGACUCAGUCUUUGAAAAGAUUGUUCUAAGCGUUUCGUUUGCUGGAAGAUUUGUCUUGUUGGACUCGUAUGCAGAACUGUCAGUGUCGAAGUCCAUGUUCUGCGGUGGUGUUUUAAAUUGCUGACGAUGCUAAUAUUGCUGGCUGAAAUUCAAUUUUCUAAAUUGCGGUUGACUGCAGGAACAUCCAGAGUUCGGAAAUCUCAAAGAAUAAUAACCCCUCGGAGGACGAAAAUUUGAACCCAAGUUGAAGUAUCCAAGGUCAGUCUCUGCAGGCCCUUUGCCUGUAAUCACUCAAACUUCGGACUAAUCAUUAUCACGAGAAAGGCGGUGUGCAUGUAUCGUUCGACGCCAUCUCACUAAUACAGCGAGCCCACGGCACAAGACAACAGAAUCGUCACACAUCAUUAGGCGAUUUUGCACGCCUAGGAAGACUACCGCAAGGCACAUCAAGGUCGACGACGGAGUCGCGGGUUUGGUCUCCCAUGUCAGUCAUUCCUUCUGCCAGUAACAGCUCUCCAUCUGGAAUCGUUGCGACAUUCUCCUCGUUACAAAAUCAAAGACGUUGCUACGGCUAUUUGCAGCAAACGGUGCUACAAUUUGUGGCAGCCAGCCAUCCUGACCCGUCUGGCGUCAUUGUUCAAGACCUCGCUGCCUCAAGGUCAUUCACCCCUUGCAGCGAGCCGUCCCAGACGAGCCGACCUGAAGUCACACGACCAACUCCCGGCAUUUACCUGACUCUGCCCUCCUCCCACACACUGGCGCGGUGUCAAGACAAACUCCAGAAGCCCAUAGGCGGGGAAGGCGCAAGUAGAUGGCACGCUCAAACCCACACCUUGACGACCCACUUCACACCCCUUGUUUCACACAACAAAUGACCAGCCUUUUAAUCAACAAUUCCAAUGAGUUAGUGGGGGAGAGCGACAGGGCUUUUAAUGUGCCCGAUCUCUGUCAUCAACUGUGUCUGCCACAGCAAUCCCGAGAUGUUGAAAUUGGUUAUGGUGCGUAUUCCGAUAACUCCUGCCACAAUGCAAUAUGACCUCGACUUUGUUCAGCGUAUCUAACGUGUGGCCGGUUGGGGUGGGGCAUUAAAACGUGAGAACCGCAGUACAAAACCUCACCUCCCCCCACUCUGCACCAUGGUGGAUACCAAAAUUUCUUAAUCAGCAUGUGAUGUAUGUAUGCUCAGGUGUGCAAAUGAACAAGGAUACGCAUAUAGAGGCUUGCGAUUUCGAAACAUUCUGUUUGUGCGAGCAAAAUGAGCAUUGUCUCCGAGAAGGGUGACUGCAGCAGCUUAGUAUCAACGUUCAACGAACCAGAAAUGACAAUUCCUUCUUCCCCAGCCUUUGCAGAAAACAAUUUUGUACAAUUUACCAGGUCAUAAAAACCAAUAUCGAAUUCUGUGCUAAAAUUAAAAUAUAUCGGUGGGGCAUUGAAUUUUCAGAGCCGCAGGUCAUUGAGAGUGGACGAAUGUAGUGAGGGUGUUGGACUUAGACGCCGAAACCGAAUUCUGCCCUACGUGUACAGUGCGGCAGUCGGAGAUGCGAAGCGAUCGGAGAAAAGUCCACGUAUUCGCAGACCGCAGUGAAAUUAGGCGCUUUCUCUCAGUCAUCAGUUGUGUUCAGUCUUACUAGCGUAAAAAUAGACGAACGCCGUUGAACUCCCUAUUGUUUGCAGACUGUCUGGUAAAGAGCCCGAUAAAUUAAAAAUUGAAGGAGAGAUUGUUUACGUAUUUGCGAGAGCAUAGCAGGAAACUGCCCCCCAGACGAAAAAGACUGAACAGGAACAUCUACUUGCGUAUUGUUAGCAGUAAAGUAAUGUGCAAAUUCAGCCACUGAUUAUGUGAAUGCGCAUGUGGCUGGCAAUCGGGAAGCUGGAGACGUGCCGAGCCUAUAAUUUAACGAAUCCACAUAGGGGGAGAGUGUAGCAUCAGUGGCCACGUUGGUCCACUUUGCAACUACUCAGUCAGUUUAGAAAAAUCUCCGUUCAUUGUAGCUUGUCUUGCCUGCGCGUAGUCCUAGGGGAUGACGCACGAAGCGAGCGUGUUGGCUUGAGUGAAGAAAUCACUGCGGACAAUACAGCAUGCUAGGCCAUGCAUAAUGUGGAAGGAUAGUAUAAGACCAUCGUGUAGUUGCCUGUGGGAAGGGAGAAUCAGGCUGAGAGUUAGUAGUCCGGUUUCUUAGGCCAGACCGGUUGUCAUUUUUGUCGCCCGACUCUGGACGUUCUCUAAAUCACUACCGUCCUUGACAGUCCAAGGUCUCCAUAACUGUAUGACAUAUUCUAGAUGGGAUCACACGAAGCUGUCAAAUAUCUUUGAAAAGCUACCUUUGUAAAAUCCCAUAAAGGCUCGCCCAGUGAGUUGCAAUGUAGACAUGGCCGAAUUGGCUAACUUCAGACAGUUCAGUGUUGGUUUGAAAGAUGAUAUAAUCCACACGCCCAAAUCCUUCAGACAGUCAACCUGUUGCAGUGGUGUACCCUCUAGAAAGUAAAUCGCACAACUACAGGUUCCGCUGCUGCUGCUGCUGCUGAUUUGAAAAAAGUGCACAUAUAUGAAUAAGUCAGUGCUCCAACCAGUCCUCGAGUCUGUUCGAAUUUAGCUGCAUGUGGACAAUGUCUGCCGCAUUCUGAACAACAUUCAGCUGUUGUAUGCCGUCAGUGAACAGUAUGACAUCACGGUUUAAGUUCCUGACGCAGUAAUUUACCAAAAAGAAGAAUAACGUGGGGUCUAAGACUGAGUCCAGUGGAACACUAAUCGCCACUCAGAGGACUGCUGACGCCCGAUUCUUUGCGACUUUCCAAUGGAGAUGUUCUGGAUGUAUACAAGGAGACUUCCAUGAACUCCUAGGCUGCGCAGUUCGUGCAAGAGACGUCUGUGAGAGAGGCUGUCGGAGGCAUUCUUGAAGUUGAAGUACGUUGCGAGAAUCAAAUUGCCUUCGUCGCGUGCUUUGGUCCAGCGUCCAGGUGAAAAUAUCCGACUCAUGAGACUGGGUCCACCACUGCGAAAGCCGUGUUGGGCAUCGGAGAGAAGGUAAUUCUGCUCAAGAAAAUGUAUCAACGCCUUAUUAAUUAUUUUCUCCAUCACUUUGAAACAAAUGGAGGUGAGGCUUGCUAGCCUGUAGUUAUUCUACGGCGCCCAAUCCACAGUGCAGCCCAGAGAACACAACGACGGUCGCUAAUUCCGACGCGAUAAGUCGAGUAGAAGACAGAUAGGUCAGUGCAACAGAUGACUCACAGUGAAGCACAGUAGUAUUACCAACAAAGACAAGGGAGACUGGGAUGGCCAUUUCUGGCUUUGCAGAGGCUGAGUGGCGACAUACAACAAACCACAAAUGACAACUCCAUCCUCUGCCAUCUUGUGAAGGCAACAACGUCCACAGAGAUUAGUAUUAAAAAUAAUGCUACUUAAAUUAUGCUAAUAAUAUGUUUAUACUGACAAUUUAUUUGGAGCUCACGCAUGGGGAUAAAUAAAACGCUGAUAAAUAAAAAGUAGGGAUUUCAAAGUCCUAGCCCAUUAUCAUUGAAAGCACACUGGAUACUCCCUGCUGGGUGUUAGGGUUGCGAAAUUUCCCCUUAAUUCAGCACUCUUGGUAAUGUUGUCUGCACGUCCUGUGGAGUAAAUGACCGUGUAGAGUGUGACACGCGUUCAAAUUUGUAGACAAGUGCGCCGUCACAGUGUUUUUAUUACCUCGAAUGAUUAUCGCGCAUGUCAAUAUUCAACCCCAGAAUUUCAUCAUUCGGACUUGUUUGCCGACUGCAAGGUCACAGCCUUUUCUCCCUAUUGGCUACGAAUGUAAAUUAACCAGCGACUUUUUAUUCAUUUUUCUCAAUUUUUUAAUUAAAACUAUUUAAAACGUUUCUUGAAUUUCGUGUUUUAUUUCCGUUUCUUAUUGUACCAAAUAGACGACUUUACUGCAAUUUUUUGACUUUUUUAAAAUUGUCACCUCCCCCACCAACCAACUGCCCGCUAUAAGGCCUCGCCCGUAUUACCACCAUUCCCGAGAGACUCAGUCCACCGGCUACCAUUUUCUUACUCCAUCCUCGCCAGUUAAAACGCCUGACAGGAUGCCAGUAAACGAAGACGAGCAUGGAAAGAGAAGCCAACUGCUUCACACUUAUCUCACAAUGAGAUUAAUCGAAAUUGUCAUUGUCUGAAAAGCAUUACUUAAGUAGAGUCUUUGGACAAACUAUUGAACUCCUGACCAUUUUGAGGGUGUGGAAAGCCACAAGUGAUAACUCAUCAACCGGUUGCACAGCCAGCUCAUGUUCAUGUAUGCGCGAUCCGAGCAUGCGUGCAGCCUGACCUUGUAGUUUUAAGGACAGUAUAGCUGCUACUUAUAUCGUCUUCAUGUAAUGUAUCCGCAUAAACAUAUUCAUCGUUAAAUAACGCGUCAACCAAUUUCAUUAAAUAGGCCUCUAUGCUGAACCGGUCAUACGGCACAGUAGCCUUCAUUUUAGUCAAAUAUUCCACGUGUUAUUCCGUUAUGCGUUCAGAUGAGGCCGGCACACGGCGCAUACGUCUCAUUUGCAACCAAUCUGACGUGUUUCCAAACAAUUACAAUGUGCUAAUAGCAGUGACUUGGAAGACUGCCAUCCGGGGCAUACCUCGGUUCACUUGGGACAGAAAGUCAUGCUGUAACAACCCCGUCUUAAUGCAGCCUACAUGACGCUCGAGCACGAGCUUCCCAUUCCAUACUCCGUGCUAAAACUUCGCCUAGGCGGAGUAUUAAGCCAUGCCGGGAGCGCAGAGGUGAACACUUUUCCCAACACCGGGGUCGGUGUGUCAGAUGGUCGUGCAAUAAUCACGCCAACAUCCAACGCACGUGAUGAAAUUGCAGCAAUUAUCGACUCGAAUGUCGGCCAUCAAGCAAUGAUCACACCAAGUGCGACAAUUCCGGAUGAAGGGGGGAGCCGUGAAUGCUCAUAGGUAUUCGGUAGCAUGGUGACUGCAUCCUUUGAAUACCGCAGUCCCUUGUGCAACAACCACCCGUUUCUGCUUUUUUGUCUCUGAUGAUGGAUUCGAGUAGGAAUCCGAAAUGUCAGGCUAAUAAAGCUCUUGUCCCGGCGAUCCUGUCUCCUUCCUUAAGCUUAUAUCUUAUCAAGCGGGCAUUUGCCACGUUUGACGAAGAGUGCUUUCACAAGGUCGUCGGGAUGUUUGUGCGCCCAAAGUUAGAAUUUGCCAUUCAGGCCUGGAGACCCUGGACUGUCAAAGACCGUACCACCCUCGAAAAAGUUCAACGACAGGCAACCGAGCUUGUCAGAGGUCAUAAAAACCUACCUUACGAAACUAGACUGUCAAAUCUUAAGCUUUUUCCCCUGGACUACAGACAACUACGUGGCGACCUAAUUCAAACGUUUCGAAUGCUACGGUCAGGAUUGCUGCCUCACAUCCCGUGACUUCUUUCAGCUGGCCACCACUACAAGCUUGAGAGGACACCAUCUGAAACUACGCGUGACCGGGGCGAGACUGGACGCAGGGAAGUCCUUCUUCAGCCAGAGUGGUAAAGGCAUGGAAUGCCCUGCCUGUUGACUUCGUCAUGUCCUUAUCCGUAGACUCGUUUAAGAGAAAGCUUGACCAUUAGAGGGAUAUGUACCUCCACAGCAUCAGAAAUUAACAUAUUUCCCCCUUGUACCACCCGCCCCACCCAAGGUUUUACGUUAUAAAGCAUGUUACUCUCUAUAUUUUAGUAACAUUACGUUUUGCCUUUUUCGCUAUCUCCUGACCGCAGCAUAUGCGCUUGCUUCGACAUUACUUGGUCCAUUCAGUACCGUACUGAGUGUACAAUUUUGACAUAGAAGACAUCCACAGAGAAAUGCAUACCAGUAAGCAAUGCUUAUUGUAUGUAAUUACUUACCUAAUUUUCUUCGACAUUUGCCUUACACAUUGUUUUUUUAUGACGGUAUUGUUACCAAAAGGGAGUUCAAAGACGCUCGCCUACCUUUCCCUUAAUAAAUCUGAUCUGAUCUGAACUUGUGCCUGUCGUCGGUUUGGAAGCUGACCUACCUUUCAGUCCAUGCCACACGAUAGGCAUCCAUAAGCAGGGUGGAGAACAUAAGGCCAAAGAGGGUAGGAGCGAGUGCACAGCCGUACAUCCCCUCACUUGUUAGUUAGGCCGGUGAACAAUUCCGGACGGGGAUGCGUGAACACGCACCUGCCGAUGGACAAGACGACAAAGUGCUCCCGAUGACUGCUCAUUCAUCCGAAUCAGAGCGCGGGUUCGAUUUCGACCAUUUGACGGUAUUAGACCGACCGGAUUUCACGCUAGCGGAUGAGUAUGUCUCCCAUUAGUGGCAACUAAUUCAACGAGCAUAUCAAACUGCCGCUCACUUUCGAGAUGCUGUGGGAAAAAUAAAUAGCAAUUGGCAGCCCUUCGUUUGCAGCGCCAAAUUUAAGUUCUAGAAAUUACGUCUUACUACGCAAGAAUAAGCAGUUUUCCUUAGUUCUAGGGGAUAUGAAUAUUCUCCCUCCCACCAUCUUCACACAGGGAUGAAUACGACUGUCAUGGUUCAUCCACGCUAUGUAACUUUUCCUAAUCCAAGAUUCCCCUCUUUCGGUGUAUGGUGCAGGGUGAUUCGAUCGAAAUGUUGAAAAAUUGGGCCUAGGUGGCGAUCGAAGUAGACCGAGCUUAAAAUGUGUAUUUUGAGUGCUUGCAAUUUCCUUAUUUUUCACGACUACAGCUGGUCUGUGUUCUUCUCUCUUCUGAAAAGCCACAAAUAAUUUGCACCUUCUGACAGGUGAAUAGGUAAAUUCUUGAAAGGCUGUCCCUCUCAAAAUCAUUUCAAACAAAUGACUCGUAAACUAAAGUCCUCCGAGGGGGCUCAAUGACAUCCAUCAAUUCGGCUUCCGAAUUCCUGGCCGAGAUUCUUAGAAAAACUGCCGGCCUGAUCAUAUUAUGGCGUCGUUCCAUUAUUCACAUCUGCCCCAUCGGGACUGACACGCGAUGUUCUAUUCAAACGGCUAGAAAAUAGUAUGAGGUAACAAGGAUCCCUCUCAAAAUAGACCAUUUACUGCUGUUCUUUUUCCUCUGUCGAUGGAUAUUUGGCAACGGUAGGAUGGAGGGCCCCAAUUAUUCACCGACAUACUGUGAAUCGUCUCAUACGGGGAUCGUGGUAAUGGGGGAUUUUACGCUGGAAAGUAAGCUGACGGGAUGAAGGAAAAUAUAGAAGAGGAUCGGCGGCAAAAACGAUGCUUUCGAGAAAAAUGGUGAAUGUAUCCAGCUGGAUAUUCCAUGAGGUUCAAUCUUGAAAAAGCGCCUGAUGAUUGGACGACCGAACCUAUCCCCUGGCAGACAUUUCUGUCGUCGGUUUUCUGUUUCUCCGCUCUUUGGUACAACUACCAGUCAUCAGCACACAAUUAGAUUUUGCAAGUACAUACAUCAAAACACGACCCAGAUUAUAUCAACAACUAAUUGGGGUCCUUCGCCAUACGGUUGCCAAAGUCUGUUCCAAGACGUAGUUUACGUUCGACGGAAGAAUGUACGAGCAUGUGGAGGGCACGCCAAUGGAUUCGUCGAUCUCGACACUCAAAGUCAAAGCGAUCCUAAAACGAUUGAAGUCUCUUGUUUUCUGGCACCGUAGACCGACAUUCUGGGUUCGAUAUGUGGAAAAUGUCUUCGUCACCAAAGAGCGUUCCAACGCCGUCUUCCUACACAUUCAAUUUAAAAUGGAGAAGGAGUAAAAUAACCAGCUGGCUUUUCAAGAUGUCCUCGUCUGCCGCACAGAUUUUGGUGACCUAAAACCAAAGUGUUCAGGAAGGCGACAUAUACGGCGCAGGCACUGAACUCCAACACUAACCUCCCGAUCGGUCACAAACGCAGUUGUGUAAGGAUGCUAUAACGGCGCAUUGAGACGCUCUGCAGUGAGACGGAUUGCAAUACUGAGAGCUAAUGGCUACCCAAGCAACUUAACCAAACAGCACAUGCGCAAAUGAUACUACGGAGACAAAGUGCGAUUGACCCUAAAUUUUGGCGAGCUCUUCCGUAAGUGAAGUACGUCUCGGAGGCCGUCAGCCGUCUUCUCACUCUAUUUGCAGUUGAGAUUGCACGUAGGCUAGAAGCAACCAUCAGGCGCCGGGUCAUGAGGCCGAAAGACUCACUGCCACGGUAGGAAACGUGUAGAGUCGUUUACCGGAUCUGGCGCAGUUGUGAACAGAGCACUUAAGCCGGAGAAACUGGGGCAUUUCUCUGGACGCGGAUGGCUGAGUAAGCAGCAGCGGUGAGUUGGGAAGUAGCUAGAUCUCACGCGACGGCUCAUUCGACGGGACUCGUUGUCCUCGCAAGGGGUGACAACCACGUGAGCCGCAAACUGUUCGAUUCAAGGUUCUCAGAUUCGUCGUCCAUUAACAAGCGCAACGAUCCCCUGGUCUCAUACUCGGCGCCGAAUCUAAUUUCCCUUUAAUAGCAAAACAUUAUAAGAGAUCAAAGGAACGCCGACGGGCUCCCCGAUAUCCAGCCCAGUUGCAGAGUUGGUCUUAGAAGAGCUGGAAAAGGACGCUUCCAGCCACUAUGAGUCAGCGUUUUGGUUUCUUUCAUUUACGGCCAUGGGCAUACAUGCGUCACAGGCUAGUCGAGGAAGUUUAAUAUUCAUCUCUUAAUCAUGGUGGAGAGUUGGGGGGGGGAGGUGAGGUUGUGUGCUAAGGUGGUUACGGAAUAGUGCUCCCUUGCUCCAUCGAGCCACGCGGUAGAUGCGCUGGGCUAACACAUGGGGGCCAUAUGGGAUUCGGACAGGCGUUUUAGAAAACAAAACACAUGUAAGCAUCUAGGAGGUGUGGUGGCAAACCCAGUUGACGGCAGAGAUCGGGACGCCUGCCGCCGGCCCCUCCAACCGUCAUUCGUGUUUCCGGUUAUAAUCCUGGUUAUUUCCUGGGUGAACCAGGGGUUUGAAGUGGAAUAUCAAGGUGCGGGCUCAACCGCACCAUCCACCUGUGUCCUCCCCGCCCCCGGUCUUCUUGAAUUUAUCUUGACACUGGGUCCAGGUGGGGGAGGAGAAGGUGGGGGUUAAAAUCAUUUUCAUUUGAUGUGUUGACCAGGGGGGGUUUAAAGUAUAGCGUCAAAGUGUGGGCUCGUGCUUUCCAUCUACCUGCGCCCUCCCUGCCUCUGGUCUUCUUGACUCUCCCUUCACACCGGGUUCAGUUGGCGGCGGCGGAGGAGGAGGAGGAGGAGAAGAAGAAGAAGAAGGAGGAGAAGAAGAAGAAGAAGAAGAAGAAGAAGAAGAAGAAGAAGAAGGAGAAGGAAGAGGAGGGAAUAUGGCAGAUGCCUUGCAAGUCUACUACCAACAUGAACUAA